AUGAGCAGUGUCGCAAAGGGAGGAGUAACGUUCGCGAUUAUUAGUUGUGUUUAUUUGUUUCCACCGGCCGAUCCACUCACUCACGCAUACGCAGGCCUACAUUCUCUCAACGAGCGUUCACUUGUAUCAUAUAGCAUAGUUUACGUAGCAAUGAAUAGAAGCAGCAGAGCAUUCCAGGUACCGAAUAGGAUCAUCACCAAGGAGGAUAUUACCCCCUUGUCCAGAUCGCAUGCAAAGAAGACGGACUCCCCCGGGACUGCAGCAACUGGCGACAGCACUGGUGCCAGUGCUGUCGAUGCCGCUCCCAUCAUCAUCACCACUGCUCGUUCGAUAGAUACUGCCGGUUCACUAUCUGAGGACACCACCGACGACGAUAAUGUAGAGGUAGGCUUGAGUCAAAACGCCGACGACGAUGGUGACGACGACGACAAUCUCGAGAGCACGCUCGGCUAUAGUUCUGAGCCUGAUCCUCUCUUCUCGCCGUGCCACCAGCCUUCCUUUACCAACAACACAUUUAUCUAUGGCGCGGAUAAUGAAUUUCCUGUGGAGGAAAACCAAAAUAAGAAGGGUUUCCACACCGACAGCGAGGGCAGUCUCUUUUUGCCUCAGCUACAACAGUCGUUCCUUUUCGGUGACAGUGGCAAGAGCGAUGCUAGCAACACCGAUUUCUGGAAGGAAGUCAACGGCACCGCAGAAGAAGCCAUUUGUCUACAAGACACAAGGCAAAGGAAAUGCUCACUUGUGGCCCUGCAUCCAGGCGAUGCUACCCCAGGUUCGGAUGACACUCUGGGCAUUGAGGACUUCAUUAAGGACGACAUCAACAGCACCGAAGUGAUAGACUCAUCCGCAUCCUCGUCUUCCGAAACGUCAUCGUCCUCCUGCCUCUUUGACAACUUGGACUACAACAUCAAGCUUCUGUGCUAUAGGGACAACGAGGGCAAGUUCACAUUGAAAAAGAGAAAAUUCCUGAAAAGCUCCCUGCGUUCGUCUUCUGCCAUCUCUAAAAAGUGGAAGCCCAUGUCCAAGAGAGACAAGCUGUUGAAGAGGGCCAUCAGAAGGAAAAGUGGUGUUUGCCAGACGUUAUCAGCUGGUUUUGGUAUCGGUGAAUUCAUGUUGUAG